UAAAUUGAAAAAAAACCCUAACAAGAAAAUUAAUGAUGUGCUUAGAAUAAGUUUUGAUGUGCUUGAUAAUCCUCAAAAAGAGGUUUUCUUGGACAUUGCAUGUUUUUUCAAGGGUGAAUGCGAAGAUUUCGUGUCAAGAAUAUUAGACGGUUGCAACUUAGAUCCAACAAUCAACAUAAAAGAUCUUUGUGAUAGAUGUCUAGUAACUAUCUUUGGCAACGUCGUACAAAUGCAUGGCUUGAUACAAGAAAUGGGUUGGGCAAUUGUUCGUGAAGAACGUCCUGGAGACCCCCACAAAUGGAGUAGAUUGUGGGAUGCUGAUGAUAUUUAUGAUGCAUUUUCUAGACAAGAGGGGAUGAAAAAUAUUCAAACCAUAUCUUUGGACUUGUCUAGAUCAAAAGAAAUACGGUUCAAUACAAAAGUGUUUGCUAAGAUGAAGAAACUUAGGUUGCUUAAAAUCUAUUGCAAUGAUCAUGAUGGUUUGACAAGAGAGGAGUAUAAAGUGCAUCUUCCUAAAGACUUUGAAUUUCCUCAUAAUUUGAGAUAUCUUCAUUGGCAAAGAUGCACAUUGAGGUCUUUACCUUCAAGGUUUUAUGGAGGGGAGCUUAUUGAAAUCAACUUGAAGUCUAGCAACAUAAAAAGGCUUUGGGAAGGGAAUAAGUGUCUUGGAAAACUAAAGGGCAUUGAUUUAAGUAACUCAAAACAGCUUGUCAAAAUGCCAAAAUUCUCAAGCAUGCCGAAUUUGGAAAGACUGGAUCUUGAAGGUUGUACAAGUUUGCGUGAACUUCAUUCAUCUAUUGACGAUCUCAAAUGGUUGACUUACUUGAAUUUAAGAGGAUGUGAGCAGCUCCAAAGUUUACCAAAUAGCAUUGAAGUUUGAAUCUCUUGAAGUCCUUAAUCUCUCAAAUUGUUCAAACUUUGAAAAAUUUC